AGUGAAGGCUCUCUUUAGAGGCAGCUGUGUUAUUAACACUGUCUGACUGAGCUGUAGGCACUGAUGCCUGACUUUACUGAUUCAUUUACAGCAUCUCGCUCUUUUCUUUUUCCUCACGCCUUCAGUAUCCCCUACAAGACUUUGCUGCUGAGAGAUUGCAAGGAGCUGUUCAGCAGAAUGUUUGGAAUAUUAUGUACUUUCAGUGCAACUUUUUUCCAUGCAAUGAAAGUGAAUGGUGACUGAGGCUGACAUUUUGCCCCAUGUCUCCUUUUGUGUUCUGCAGAAGUGAGAAAGUCAUACAGGUUUGGAACAACUGUAUGACAGGCAAUGGUGCGAUGAGUCGCAGGAAGGUCUCUGUGAAGGACCUGGGGAAGGGUGACUGUCAGGGCUGGUUGUACAAAAGGAAGGAAAGCAAAGGUCUCUUGGGUUGGAGAUGGAAGAAAUUCUGGUUUGUGCUGAAGAAAAGUUCGCUUUACUGGUACACAUCCGACACAGCAGAGAAAGCCGAAGGCUACAUCAACCUGAGAGACUUCACUGUAGACCAGGCUACUGAAUGCAGGAAGAAGUUUGCAAUAAAUGUGAGCCACCUCCACAUGGUGACACUCUACUUUGCAGCUGAGAAUCUGAAAGACAUGAACAAAUGGCUGUCUAAACUCAGCCAUGCUUCAACUGAACCCGAGCCCACAGACUCAACCAAUGGAGAGUGCUACAGUGAGGAGAGUGAUGAUGGUGAUGAAGCAGACACAGCUGAGAUGUGUGCGGAGUACAGGGAUCAGCUGACCCCCGGCUCUCUUCAUGGUUGUCUCCCGCCUCCCCGCUCGUCUUCGUCUCCGUGUCAGGACAUGUUCCCGCUAGUGUCUGCGGUACAUAAGCACACAGAGACUCAGAGUGCAGAAAGCGAGUCAUGGCUGGAGCUCAGCUCAGAGGAAGACCCCAUACUCAGAAUACAGGAAUUCAAAGGAGAUGACCGUCCACCAUCUGAUGAGAUGGAGAUGCUGUAUCUUCACCUCAAGCAGGUGAGUUUAUCUCCCACAGGCGCUCUGCAGCCAACAACCAAACGUGACUUCAGAUCCUCCUUCAUCAGACGCUGUAAAGACGAGAGCAUUAAUGACAAGCUGCACCUCAUCCGAACCCUCAACAGCACUCUAAAAGCUAAAGAAGCUGACCUGCAGGCCAUAGAGCAAGUUUUGAGUGAACACUCUCUGAACGCUUCCAAAUACAGACAGUGGCGAGAUGCUAAUGUCAUCUUACUGCAGGAGAUCGGUGAGAAACACAAGACCGCAAUGGAUCCACAGGUCCAGAAACCUCUGGUUCAGACUCAGCCCCAGCACCAGUCUCUUUUUGUCCCAAAUGCUGCAUUCCCUGCCAUCCCCAUUUACACAGAGACCAGUCUGUGAACAUGAGGCUGAUUGCCGAGUGGGGUUCGAAGUUGGCCAAAGGCCUGAAUGACACUUGACAGGAAUGCAGACAGGAGCGUGAAACGUCAAGAGCUGGUUUCCUGGACACAUAAAGCUCCAUUGCCUCAGAAACACUUCACACAGAUAGUUAUACACAGAUAUAUAAGGGAUUUAAAGUUUUCAGAUAUGUACUUUGUCUUUGAGUUUAUAGAUAUGCUGUAAUGCCUUCGUUCAACUAUUGGGAUUAAAAUGGUAUUUUGGAGAUUUUUAAACGCCUUUUGUUUGGUCUAUGAAUUGAUCGCUGUGGAUUGAGAUUGGUACUAUGUGUUUUAUUCUAUGACUUUUAAAGACAGUUUAAAUGUUAAUUUCACCAAAUUGUUUUUAAAUAGGACAAACGCUGUUAUGUUUACACACCUCUCGUUUAGCCCUUGUGUUAACCAAGGGCUCCAUUCUGCACACACACACAUUCGCAUCUGUGCUCAAUUCAUACUUCCAUUCUAAAGCUUGUUCAUAUUUUAUCUUUUUAGGAGUGUAGAAGUCUUUUGUUUAUAUACUGUAAAAACAUGCAGGUUUCUUUUAGAUGUACAUAUUUUAGCAUUUUACUACUGUAAAAGUCUUUAGUGCUGUACGAUAUUGUAUACGUAUUUGAUUUAACUGUGUAGAUGUUUACUUGAUAAAACUUUACUUGUUUUUUAAUAAGUCAUGCUGAAGGUGUGCAAAAGGAAAUUAACA